CAUUGUGGGACUUAUGUAAAAUCAAGAUGUCAGCCGCCUGCGCGAGAACGCUCAGUAAGGUCGGUUUGUUUUUAAUGGAGGCUCCAGCCGCCCGCCGGUCCGGUACCGUCUCCUACCUGCUGGGGAAUGUGGGCGCACACGGGUCCAGGAGGGCCUACGGUACCGGCGGGGCGGAGUUCCGGUCCAAACUGUUCUCCUCUGUGCGUACAGGAGGAGGCAGGGUGCUCGGCUGCGCCUUUCUCCUCGGUGGAGGUUUGGGUUUAUAUCAGACACUGAAGCUGUCUGUGCAGCAGCAGCAGCACCUGGCUGAGGAGCACAGGAAGGUUUCAGGAGGUGGUCUGAAUUUGACUUUGUACCAGUACAAGACCUGCCCGUUCUGCAGCAAAGUCCGAGCCUUUCUGGACUACCAUGGUCUGCCGUAUGAGAUUGUGGAGGUGAACCCGGUGAUGAGGCAGGAGAUCAAGUGGUCCACCUACAGAAAAGUGCCCAUCCUGAUGGUGGAUAAUGAGCUGCAACUAAACGACUCAUCCGUCAUCAUCAGCUCCCUCAAGACUUUCCUCAUCAGUCAGAAGAAAAGCAUGGCCGACAUCCUUCCCUGCUACCCGGAGAUGAAGUCCAAAAACGAACGGGGGAAGGAGGUGACGGAGUACAACAACAAGUACUGGCUGAUGCUGAGUGAGGCCGAGACUGCUGAGAUUUACCCCAAGAAGGACACGCAGAAAGAGGAGAUGAAGUGGCGACAGUGGGCUGAUGAUUGGCUUGUUCACCUCAUAUCUCCUAAUGUGUACCGAACCACCGGUGAAGCCCUGGCCUCCUUUGACUACAUCGUCCGCGAGGGCAAGUUUGGCACCGUGGAGGGCUUCUUUGCCAAAUAUGUAGGCGCUGCGGCCAUGUACGUUAUCUCAAAAAGACUGAAAAACCGACACAACCUGCAAGACGACGUCAGGGAGGAUCUCUACAAGGCUGUCAACGACUGGGUGGCGGCCAUCGGCAGGAACAGGAAGUUUAUGGGUGGAGAUCAGCCCAACCUGGCAGAUCUGGCUGUGUUUGGAGUCCUCAGAGUGAUGGAGGGCCUUCAGGCUUUUGACGACAUGAUGGACAACACCAGAGUUAAAUACUGGUACAGACGCAUGGAGAGAGCAACCCUCAAUCACGAGGGUCAGUCACAGAGCUCUUCCAAACACUGACCGCUGGACCUCAACGUGCACGGUGACCCGCAUCAGGAACCAAGGAGGCUGCUUAGCAACAGUCAUCAAGGCUCUGAUUGGCUUCUUUUGAGGCACCUGCAGACAUUUGUGCUGAUUU